ACUGUAUGAUGAAAUAAUGUUAUAACAACUACAACGUUUUAUCUACCGCUUUCUAUUCCGUCAUGUUAUAUUAAAGUUUAACGAUUUUCGUUUGUUUGGGAGACUUUUUAUCGUUUUAGUGUUGUUUGAAUAUAUCCAAUAUAUGUGUUUUUAAACAAAUAAAACCUGGAUUAUAGUUUGAUAGAUAUUUUGACAUAAAACAAUUACCGGAACUAUGAACAAUGGAAAUCAAGGAUAUAGUUAUAUUUGUAUACUUCCCGACAAAGUUUCUCUAACAAUGGCCGUGUUUACAUCUUUUAAGUGGAUAAUUUAUUCAGCAAUAUGGAGUUGGCAUGGUAACUGGUCUUGGUAAUAUUGUUUAAACAACCCUAAGGCUUAAACCUGUGGAAUUGUGAGAAACAACAUGAAGUUGAUCGCGCUGAUAAAUAGUGUCGGAAAGCUUCAAGUUGAAUGCUUCAGCCAAUUGGAUAUACGAACGGCAGUUAGUUAUUCAUGUCCAAUUACAAAGUAUUGCUGUGAAGGUGAAGGAGGCUGUUGUAUUGAUGAUGCUUCUGAGAUACGACUUAGAUGGAUAGCUGGGCUCUUUCUGAUAGCUCUGUUGAUAGUCGUGGUCAUGUACGGUCUUCGCUGGAUAAAUGAAGUGCGCAAAUGUGUUUGCGGAACCACAGGACCACGUGAUAUUUUGAUAAAAGCUGCACGGCUUCCACUACCCGUUUCUUAUGAAGGAAAAAUUGUCAAUUAUAUUCCAUCUAUCAAAUAUCAAGAUGCUGAACACUAAUCAUGUUAGUGACUUGCUAUUGGAAAAUAUAUUGAUACAAUGAAAGAAAAUGUCCAUUUAUGAAUUGUUUUAAGUACAGUUUUAAUACUUGUGCUGACCUGCAGUGACGUGUUUGUAUGUUUUUUUUAUUAUUAUUAUUUAAUCAGAUGUAUGAUCAGAAAAUAUUGCACCUUUUGCAGACAUUCUUUUAUAACUUUGUACUUGCGGAAUUUUACUAAUAGCGGGUGAACAAUUAAUUGUAUUCAGCUAUUUUCUUAAAUGAAUUUUUAAAUCAUGCGUGUUUUCAUUUGCAGACAAACUUGAAUAUCUUAUUUAAAAGAGUAUGUUGCCUUACUUAUCAAAUGUCAAAUGGACUAUUUUGAAACAUUAGCAUUUAAUUGGCAUGGUAUAAUUAGCAACACAUAUGGGGUUCGCUUAAGUAAUGAACAAUAUCUUAAUCAAAAUUUUUUUUCAAAGAGAAACAAAUUCACAUAGUCUUCAUUAAAUUAACGAACUGAUUUUUAAUUGAAUUUUAUUAUAAAUACCUAUGAAUAUUCUUGAAUAAUACGUCUUGUAUUCCAAUCAAAGCACUGGCAGCACAGACAGGUUGAAACCAGCAUUUGACUCAAGUUACUUCCUCCAUUAAACCGUAUAACAUUCAAACCAUUUGAAUCCAUCUUACAUUAUAUACUUUUAAAUUCUGCUCUUACUAAAACUAUCAAGUGUCUUGAAAUACAUUAACGAGAUGGGUAAGGCAAUCCUAUAUCAGAUUAAUUCAAAUUUAUUUUAAUGAUAACAAUGAUAAAUACAGUCUGUUGUUUUUUUUUUUGUUGUUUUGUAUUUUUAAACACAUUAUUCAAAUUUAACAGUUAAAGGCAUUGGCCUCCAUAUCGUUCGACAACAAAAAAGGGAAGAUUAUUAGUUAUCUCGAAAUAAAAGCGAUAUUUCUUAAGAAUGCUUUGAAACGUAGUUUCUGACAGACUAUAUUUUACGGAAAUACAUGAGAAUUAGUUGUUGUUUAUACUUUAAACAAUGGAAAUCGAAAAGCAUUUAUUCGGAGUUAACUUUCUUGGUUAUAAAUAUCUUUAUUAUGUACCUAUAUAAAUUCUGUAAAAUAAAACAUCGGCAUGUAUUCCACAAUUAAAUAUUAACUGUCAGAAACAAAAUUUCUGUACCUUGUUGAUUUUGCAAGGUCGGAUCCUACUUGGCGCUUGCGCGCUUUGUAAGAUCCGAUCUGCCAAAACUCCACUCGAGCCGAAUACAGCAUACCCGAUCGAGCUUCUGUUAUAAUAACCCUAUAUUAUAAUAACCCUAUUAUAUUUAACACGCGUUAGACACAAAAGCCGGAAAACUUCUUUAUUGUCGCGGCAGUCCGGGUAAAAUUCCCUAUGCGGUCAUCUCUUUUUCUUGAUUUGGCCUUUUUUAAAAAGUUUAGAAAUAAAAACUUAUAUUCUAAUGUUCAUUAUAUGACAAAACUUUAAUUUGAAGGAAAGCUACUUUUAGCCUCAAUCUGGAGGUCAGUGCCUUUUACUUUGAAAGAUAUAAACAAUACAUUACGCUAAUGUCUAUAGAAUUUGCUAUUUUUAAACUGCAAGUGUGUCAAGUUUCUCUUUCGAUUCUGUUAUGUAAAUUCAUAUACCAUUAAAAGAAAAAUGUCUGGUAUCGCAAUAUCAUUUUACAAAUGAAAGUAUAAAUCCUUCAUAAAAUACACAACUGAUGUUUGAACAUACGAGCUAUCUAAGAAAUAAUUGUAUGUAAUGCUCGGCUCGGAAAAUGUGUUUUCCAUUAUAACUGAAGACUAUGACUCCAGAAAACCAUCGACACUGCUAUUGAUACUACAUAUAACGCAAAAGCAUCACUGGAGUAUCAAACCCCAGCUACCUGGUUGAGCCAGCGUGCACUAUUGUGUCAUUCUUAGAAGCUAUAAGGGAUGAUGGUUCUAACCUAGAGAAGGUAGAUCAAAUUAUGCUGAUUUCCUUAAUCAACACCUUAAUCAACAGAUGAGUCUAUCAAUUGAAAUCUCAAGCGUCACAAUCAACAUUUACAGGGAUCAAUUCUUUGUUACCGUUUUUGUAUUAAUGCCUUAUAGAGCAAGCUUCUCCGGAGGUUUUAAUUCCUUAACUGUGUGCUAUUAUUAUGCUUCUUAAUCUGCUUUGGUUUUAUCUGUACUAAAUAAGUAUAUUACUAUGUAGGUGUCUGGAUAUUCAUAUGUUUUUGUUAUAUUUAACCAAGAUUGCUUUUUAUUGUUAUCUGCGUAUGUAAUAGAAAGAAUGCAUAUUUUAUGUAAACUUUUGAGUCUCUUAUUUUAUAUUGUUAUGUGCAUUUCACUCAAAACAGUCAUAAGUAAUAUUCUUUUGAACAGCAUUUUGUUUUACCAGAUUACGACUAGCAAUUAUCCUUUGAUCAAGGGAGAGUGAGGUGUAUAUUAGAAUGUCAAACUAAUGUUUUCAGUAAAAAUACAGAAAGUACGAAAUAAAUUUAUUUUCAACACAAUUGUUUCAGUCAGUAUAUUUCAGUACUUUCAUUGAUUGUUCUUUAGAACAUAAUCUUUGUAUUUCGAUACAAAUAGAUAAAAUAACGUCAAAAUGGUUCAUACAUUAUAAAUUAAAGAAAAAUAUUUUUCUACCAUUGUUUAAUUAAAUGAGAGAAAUGACAACUAAUCUGGUGUUUAAAUACACAUUAGAUCACAUUAUGUAUUCUAGCAUCUUGACAAUGUUUUUUGAAUUGCACUUUUCUUAUACUACCUUUCAUAUGUUAACUUUACUUGGUAACAAUUAUUCUUUCGAUUUUUUACGUUCUUACUUUGAAUAAAAGUGCACUUGUG